AUGGCUGCCCCCGCACCUAAAGAGCUACCGCUCGAUCCCAAAUACGACGACUAUGACUACCCUACAAUCGCCCCCAUCCCACAGAGCGGCCAUCCUGGGCAUACAACGCCAGAGCAGGAUGCACAGGUCUUUCAGCUGCGGAGUAUGCUUGAGGCGGAGGGAUAUACCGACAACCUGGAUACCUUGACCCUGCUACGGUUCCUUCGUGCGCGAAAAUUCAAUGUUCAGCUUUCCAAGCAGAUGUUCAUCGACUUCCAAAAAUGGCGGAAGGAGUUCGCAGGUGUCGGAGUCGAGGAGCUGGUCCGCACCUUCGAAUACAAGGAGAAGCCCCAGGUUUUCGAGUACUAUCCCCAGUAUUACCACAAGACGGAUAAGGACGGUCGUCCCGUAUACAUUGAGAAGCUCGGCAACGUCGACCUGACCGCUCUAGGCAAGAUCACCACCCAGGAACGCAUGAUCCAGAACUUGGUGUGCGAGUACGAGAAGAUGGCCGACCCGCGCCUGCCCGCCUGCUCCCGCAAGGCCGGCUACCUCCUCGAAACCUCCUGCACCAUUACAGAUCUGAAGGGCGUGGGCAUCGCGAAGGCAACGUCCGUCUACGGAUACUUAGGCCAGAUCUCAGCCAUCUCGCAAAAUUACUACCCCGAGCGUUUGGGGAAGCUGUACGUUAUCAACGCGCCCUGGGGCUUCUCAACGGUGUUCAGCGUCGUGAAGCGUUUCCUCGAUCCCGUCACCGUCAACAAGAUCCACAUCCUCGGCAGUGGAUACGAAAAGGAGCUCCUUGCACAGAUUCCGGCGGAGAACCUACCCAAGGAGUUCGGAGGAACGUGCGAGUGCGAAGGCGGAUGUGAGUUGAGCGAUGCGGGACCUUGGCAUGAUCCGCAAUGGGCGAGGCCGCCGAAGUGGGCGAAGAAGGGGGACAAGACGGAGGAGAAGGAAGCGAAGGAGGAGAAGAAGGAUGAGAUCGCUACGGACGGCAACGCCGCUGCGGGUGCGCCCGUCUCAGUAGCU